CAGUGGCGAUGGAAUUCGCGGGCAAGGCCAUAAUCGCGUUGUGGGCGCUGGUGAUUUGCGUGAUUUUCCCCUCGGCGGCGGCGGCCAGGGGCAUUGCGACAGCCCAAGCUGCGAGUGGGGCUCUUUUGGAUCAAAUGGUGGCGUAUUUGCUCUUGUUUGGCGCCUUGAUGGUCACAUACCUCACCCAUCCUCUCCCAUUUAACAUCUUUUGAGGAGAUUUCCUCCAUUCUUUUGUGAAUCCAAUCGCAAUAUUUACUCGCCGAAGAACCCUAGAGUAACUUAGUUCUUAGGUCAAAUAUUUCGAGCCGCGAUGGCGAUGGCGCACGGCAUCGACUACCGCGAUAAGCUCAUCCUUGCGCCGAUGGUGCGCGUGGGAACGCUGCCGUUUCGGAUGCUCGCCGCUGGCUAUGGCGCCGAUCUCACUUACGGCGAGGAGAUAGUGGAUCACAAGAUGCUCAAAUGCUCUCGCGUCGUGAACGACGUGCUUGGCUCUAUCGAUUUUGUGGAGAAGGGAACGAACGAUGUCGUGUUUAGAACUUGCAAGGCGGAGAGAGAUCAUGUCGUGUUCCAGAUGGGAACUUCGGAUCCAUAUCGAGCUCUCACUGUCGCACAACUCUUGUGCAAGGACAUAGCAGCUGUGGAUAUAAACAUGGGAUGUCCAAAGCCUUUCUCAGUGACUGGAGGAAUGGGAUCAGCAUUGCUCUCUCAACCGGAACUUGUCAGUGAGAUUCUAACAACACUGAGACGAAACUUGGACAUCCCAGUAACCUGUAAGAUUAGACUCUUAAAAUCCACCCAGGAGACUGUCGAGUUGGCCAGGAGGAUCGAGAAAACCGGAGUUUCGGCCAUUGCGGUGCAUGGAAGGAGAAUCCCCGAUAGACCAAAAGAUCGUGCCAAGUGGGAUGGAAUCGCGGAUGUGGUGUCUGCGCUGUCAAUUCCUGUCAUAGCUAAUGGGGAUGUUUUCGAGCCUCCGGACAUCCCAAGGAUCAAAGCUGCCACUGGUGCUUCAUCUGUUAUGGUGGCACGAGGAGCUUUGUGGAAUGCCUCCAUUUUCAGACCCGAGGGGAAGCUGGACUGGGAAGAAGUGAAGAGGGAAUACUUGAGACAGUGCAUCUUGUGGGAGAAUGAUAUCAAGUUCACAAAGUACACAGUAAACAACAUGAUCAUUCGCAAUUCCAGCCUGGAGUCUCCCGAAGGGAGAGCUGUGCACAAGUGUCAAAGUUUGCUUCACCUUGCCGAGGUCUACGGUCUCGAGGAUUUUCACCACAAUAUUUCCCAGGGGCGCUAUAACACAUUGUAAUUGCCUUCCUCACAGUUUGUUCCGGCGACUUGUACACAGAGCGGAAUUUUUCAGCGAAGGCAAAGAUCAAAAACUUUGUUCUUUUGGCCCGGUCCUACCCGGUCCAUACGGAAGCACUUUAGAAAAGCUUUAAAAUCCAGCCACUGAGCAUUCGUCCCUCUUGUCAGCAAUGCUGCACUACACUACGUGCUUUGAGCUGCAGCAAUGCAGCAACAGAACAGUCCAUUCGGCCCUCGAGGAUCUUAACAAACAGUGUCGGUGUGGUUGAAUGCUCUGGAGGGGCUCUGGCAGCGUACUCCACAUCUAGAAUCACUGUCCGCCAGAGUGACGCGAUGUGAAGCACAGAGCAAAGGAAGGUUCUUACUAGUAAAACAUUGUGGCUCCUUCUUUGCGGUUUCUCCAUUUUCAGAUUAGGCAUCGCUGUAUGCGAGCUGUGUUUUGUAGGCACGGGGCGUGUGAAGAGAUUUUCGUUAUGUA